CAUGGAUUGACAGCCAACGCGCGUGAAGUGAUCCAUCGCAGUCAAGCUCGCCCACCACAAAACGUGACAUCUUCACCGGCUGCUCGAGAUUGUGCAUCUCUUCUCACGAUCGCCCAACAAUCAAGAUACACGUCCGCGACGUUCCGCAACAGAUCUGCUCCACGAAACUUCAGCGCUCAAAUGCCAUGUUGUGAUCGGCCGAAUUACCCAGCGAGGAUCCUUCUCAGCAUAUCUAUAGCGAGUACUAAGGUAUCUGCAUCCCCUUGACGUGUCAGAGUUUGGGACCAGAACAUUCCGGAAUGGCGCAGUCGCCAACCCACCCCAUGGAGGAAACUCCAGACCAGCAAGACCCUACACACCCAAAUAAUGCGAGUAACAGAGAGAGGCAACGUCCAAAAUCCAGAGGCUCGACAACUAGCCUUCAGUCCAUCGGCGUGGGCAGUGCCUUCCAACCGUCUGCACAACAGCAUCCACAACAACAACAACAACAACAACCGCAACCGCAACCGGACGAGCCGAGCAUGCCUUUGGACCAAAACACCUUCUUCAUGCAACAUGGCACUCACCCAGCCGCUGGAAUGUAUGGUCCUAACCCUGAAGAAAUGCUCAUGCAUUACCAACACAAUAUGCCACCACAUCUUCACCAACAACCGAUAGACCCCAACACGGGAAUGCCGCAACAUGAGAUGCGCCCUAUGUCACAACAAGCGUUCCAAGAGAUGCAGCACUAUCCCAUGCAGUAUCCCCACGGAUUACCACCAUAUGCUGUCGCUCCUCAGCAUAUGCAUCACAUGCGCCAUCAUUCUGAACAGUUCGAGGGCUCUCCUGCGCCGGAAGAUUCAAACAACGAGAAUGGUGGAGCCAAAAGAAGAAAGGGUACGGCUUCCAGCGUGGCUAACGACCAGGAACUGCGGCGACUCCUGGCACAGUAUCAGGGCAAAAGUCUUAAAGAAGUCGCCGUGGAAGUUCAAAAGAAUGAAGGUGCUGGGGGCAAAUCUGAGAAAGCAAAACAAGUCUUUGCCAUGCUUUGGCUCCAAGAAAAUUGUCAACGUUCUUCAAACUCCGUACGUCGUGACCGUGUGUUUACGAGAUACACGGAACGCUGUGGUAACGAGCGAGUUCCAACGCUAAAUCCAGCAUCAUUCGGCAAACUGGUCCGCAUCAUCUUCCCCAAUGUCCAGACAAGAAGAUUGGGAGUCCGAGGCGAAUCGAAAUAUCACUACGUGGAUCUCUCGCUGAUUAUGGAUGAUGAUGAUCGACAAUAUGCUCUCGUGCCCGAAAGACCCGGCACAUCGAGCGGCAUCCAGCAUGAAAAGCACGGAUCAGUCCAGGAAGCAAACAAAAUAUUCAAGGCCAACAUGACUCCUCCUAUCGACAGACCCAUGUCACGAGCAACCAUGGAGACAGCCGACUUCCCUGCCCCGAGUGCUGCGUUCCUGUCCAAGGAAGCUGACAUCGCUGUGGAGGAGACGCCGACGCCUGUAGAGCUUCAGACUGAGCGACUGGAUUGCAAAUACAUCAACACGCCGACCAUCCGCUUUCCCGUCAAGUCCAUGCCUACGAAUGUCGUUGUAGCGCUUCCUUCAAUUCGUCGACAUCUCCCUGCUAGCAUGGCGACUUACCUGGGGAUGCCGACCCUUAAUUCACUUUCUCAGCCGUCUACCUCGUCCCAAGAUACGCCUAUUGACUUUCCCGACAUCAACCCUUACCUUGAGGGAGAAAAUUAUGACGCAUCUAUCGCCAAGGCCUUGUUUCAUCUCUAUCGGUCAUACUGCAUCGAUGUGAUUGACGCCUUUCGCAAAUGCAAGGAGAAGCCGUUCUUCAACCACCACUCCGCUUUCAAUGGGAAAAUGACUGUUCCAGUAUCCAAGUUGUUUUCGAUGCCCUGCUUGGCUCCUUGGAUUCAGGAAUGCGAUAUGCGGAUGUAUAAGCAGAUUGUCCGGUUCAUUGCUCCUUUGGCAAUUCAGAACGUGCCUGAGGUGGUGUGGAAUGUGUUCGACCGCAUCGGAUCGAGACUGGUCAGCCAUCUGAUCUCGGCUUUUGAAGAGAAAUGCCCUGUUCAUGUUAUUGUUGCGAAGAUCGUACCUGCAGCCAGGUUUGUGCACGUGCUGAAGAAGCUCAAGGGCGCGAACGCAGUUACGUUACAACUGAGUCGAAUGCUUGAGGACCCACAACAGAGAACUCAGAUGUGGCUCGAUCUGAUGUCCAUUGUCGAUCCGGAUCGCCUGCUCGAGGAUAGCAUGCCACCCCCUGAAAGUCUCGACAAGAUGCUGGGCGUGCUGAAGCACGACAUGAGGCCUCUUGUUGAUCCAAUCGAUGACGCGCUGGUCCAUGCAGCGGAAGAGGACGCGGCCAGCGCAUACGCGACCUUUAUCAACGGCAGUGCUGAUUCUUGUGACGGCAUCCUGGUCCCAGAAUCUAGCGAUGAGCCUGCCUCUUUGCUCGAGCGGUGGAUCAAUUGGCUGGAGCGAUUGCCCCAACUGUUUGACGGCCAUCACCCCCAAUGCAUGAUCAACUGGCACACGAGAUUGUGGAGAAGUGUCAUGAUGCAGAUGGGGCAAGGUGGUGCUCAUAGCUAUCAAUCAUGGUGGUUUGUUGAGUCAUUCACCACACAAAUGCUCGACUGGAUGACGCAGAUGGAAGGAUUGCUGAUGGGCUCGCCGAGUCAAAAGCUGGCAGACGACAGAGAGCAAGAGAAGCGCAAGGAGGCCCAAACUGCUCCGGACGCACCUUUUCCUGCCAUGAAGAGGAAGAGGGCAGUCGAAGAUGUUGACGGAGACGCCAGUGCUCCAACCGGACCCGACUCGCACAAGUCAGUGAAAUUGGAAAUGGCUCCCGGCAGCUCACCUACUCUUCCAACAGCUAGUGUCGAGCAGCAAGCGGGACAAGAGAUUGACGACGACGAAACCGAUGCGGAACUCGAUGAACUACGACGCGGUGGCCCUUUAGACCUGCCUAGUUUUCACACUGGCCUCAGCAGUCCAGUCAAACACCGCGCAGCCGGGAACCAUGACGACAGUGGGAUUGACCUUGGGCUCGAUGUCGACGUCGAAGCCGAGAAAGAGGCCAGCAAGUUCAACAAGAGAGACUGGCUGCUCAGCAGUGAUCCGGCGGACCCGGCCAUGGGCCUGGUGAUAUUGGCCUAGUGGAAGAUCGACUUAAUUAUGUUCAGCGAGAAGACGCUGUCAACACCUAAUUCAUCUAUUUGAGGAAUGUGGGACGGGGGUACAACAAGACGAAUAUGAACGAGCUGCACGACGAAAUGACAGGGACGGUUUCGGGGACGGUCCAUGGGUAUUUCUAGUGGUGGCAUGGGGUGUGGUUUUCAGGGUACAUUUCUUCGCGGCUGGACGUUCCAGCCCAAAGGGUUUGUUGGUUGACCAAACAUGGUUGAUAUGAUGGAGGUUGGAUUUCUUUUUGUCCUUUGAUACCCGUGAUUUGCGCAACGGGUUGGGAUGUAUCUUCUUGCACCUGUGACUUGAUGACCGGUUACAUUUCAAUGUGUUGGAUCUGGUCAAACGGUGUUGCAAGGGGGCCCAAAUCCUUUGUUUUUGGUUUUUUUUGUGGCAACUUCUUGGAGAGCAAAAUUCUUGUUUGUCGGUAGUGACGUUUUAGUCCAACGUUGAUUGCAGGAGAAUAGAAUGAUUGUCAAAG